GUGCGACAGACUCCAAAUGUAUCCUCCCGCAGACUGUAAAAUGAGUUCCUCACAGCUCGACCUGUAGGAAGGAGUGCUCUGUUAAGUAUUACGAAAUUUACUUGUUAAGGAAUUCGUUAAAAUACACAAACAACUUCACCAACAAGGUGCAACUGUUAGUCAAUUCGUGGUCCUUUGGCUGAGCGUAAAAACGGCGUAAACUACGUAGCAAUGACCAAUUUGAAGUGUCUGGCGACAGUAAUCCUCUUGGGAUUGUGUGUCACACCGUCAGAAACAAAAAUUGGUCAGAAAUGCUCAACAAGAUAUGACUGUGUAUCAGGACCUGGAAUAUUGACCUCCGAAGUCUGCACAGAUGGUUUUUGUGCUUGUUCCAGCACAGCCCGUUUACAGCUUAAUAAAUAUUCCUUUGCUCCUGAGUGUGACCCACUCUUGUACUUAAAGACAGCGCAUUGUUCAAAUACAUUUAUCUUUGGAGUGAAGGAAUGUCCACCAAAUAGCAAGUGUUUAGAUACAGAAGGAUGUCGCUGCAAUGAUGGGUAUGAGUUUGUUGGCAGUAAUUGUAUAAAAGUAUUCUACCAGCAAGUCAUGGAGCCCUGCCAUAUACAGAAUGGUUCAGCAUAUGUAUGUGACCAUAAGCAACACAGUUUUUGUGGAGGAAAGAAGUGUGUGUGCUUUGAUACUUAUCUCCCUAAUAUAGAAAGUGGGCAGUGUGAACCUGAAGCUGACUUCCUACGUGUCAAUAACCUUACAAAGUACAUAGUCCUACAUGGUGAAUACUGCAAGAAGAGCUCUCAUUGUACCGAAGGCUUGGAGUGUAGAAAUUAUGCGUGUUCCUGCCCCAGCCCCUGUAUAUACAAGAAGGAAAUGCAGGCAUGUGACUGUGGUGCAUCGGAAUCUUCAACAGGACCUUUACUUGUUGGCGUCCUGGGUGGUUUGUUAAUCAUAAUAUUUUGGACCUGGACAAUAAGGAAUACUUGGAGGAGACACACAAAAAAGCAGGCGUACCAGGAUGAUGCAUCAGCAGCUCCAUUUGUUCAACCAAGUACAGCUUCAUAUCCUCUUGCUCCGGUUACAUCCUCUGUACCAGUUGCCCCACUUUUGUCACAGGAAGAAGAACGCACUGGGGUUACUCCAGAUGAAACAGACUUUGGAAAAAUACCAGCAAAACCUGCAGAAUCUUAUCCACUGGCACCACCUGCACAACCUUUAGGUUUUCAGAACCCUGCCAACUCGCAGUACCCAUCAUCACAGGGCUUUCCUUCUAAUGCAUAUAAUGAUGCCUACAAACCUGAUGUUUCAGCACCCCCUGCUGAAACAUCUGUAGAUCCUUCAGCCCCGUUAUGGCCUCCCAUUCUCCCACCUCCACCAUAUUCAGCCACUACAUAUAAUCCACCAUAUGCACCUUCAUCCUCACCUCCUCGAUAUCCUACUGACAUGCCUUCACAUCCUCCCCCGUCCAUGCCUCCUCCAUAUCCUACUGACAUGCCUUCACAUCCUCCCCCGUCCAUGCCUCCUCCAUACCCUUCAUCAACACCUUCAACCCCAUAUCCUCUUAAUCCUUAAAUGGCAUCACAGCUUGAUGCUCUGUCCUGUAACUGAGGUUACUGUGAUUUACUUUUUUUCCAGAAUAAAAGAAAAAAAAAGAGAAAAGACAUUUGAUGCAUGGUAAAAAUUGAGUUUUAAGUGUACUUUAUCCUGCUGUAAUAUGGUAACAUGACACCUGACUACAUACCCUACUAUAUUGGAAGAACCUAUACAAAAACUAGGUGACUCUGUUUUUACUUGCUUCUAAACCAUGCAUUUCUUAAUAAAUUGCUUUAAGUGAUUGUAUCAAAAUAAAGAAAUGUUGCUAAAUAUUAUUGACAAAGUUCAACUAAGGAAAGAAAAAGCGGCAUCACCCUGGAUUCUGGAAUACUCCAACGUCCCAAGUCUGUUUUUUGUUCUAAUCAUUUCAUAAUUAAUACUUAUUUUACAUGUUUUGUAGUUUUAAACAUAUAUGAUAUUAUAUAUAUAUAUAUAUAUAUAUAUAUAUAUAUAUUUUUUUUUUAGAUGAAAAUGUUCUGCCUUCAACACUAAUUUUUUCUCCAAAGAAACUUAGCAAACUAGGCUAUUCCUCAGUCCAGCACAAGACUGUAUGGAGUAUGAUUAUAUUUAGAAUUGAAACUGUCUUUAGAAAUUUAUCCUGUCACUGCUGGAAGGACAUGUACAUACAUGUCCAAUUCAUUGUAAUUUUAGUUUCUAAAUUCUAUUCACUAAUGGAGAGCAACAGAAUUGCAUAUUCAAUAAGAAGUCAGUUACUAGGCCUACCAGAUCUCACCUAAUGAAAAUAAUAUUAGAAAGGUAAUACCAUAAAUGUAAGAAAUUAUCAGGUGAGGCCUACUAACUCCUAGGUGACUCAGCUUGUGUGGAGUCAUCUUUGUGGAAAUAAAAUUCACAAAACAAAACUGCAGUGGACAGUGCAUAUACCAGGCACCAGUGAAUUAAUAUACAAAUAUUAUUGAGAUUAUAGGUAGAGUGUCCAGGCUGAAAGCUGACAGUGAAGUAAAUAUUCUGUGUAAUAAUCAUUAUUAUUUGAUAAAGAGAAACCUGUAUGUACCAAUGAGUCAGAGGUGGAGAAAGAAGAGUUUAUUUGUAUGUUUCACAUAAUAUUUUGGUAUUAGUGAUUAAGGUCUUUAGUGAAACUGUAAAGCUGUGUAAAGGGCUCUUUAUUCAUUAGCACAGUAAUUGAUAUUGUUACUUAUUGAUAUAAUAAAUAAAUUGUAUACACACAUAAAGACAAAGAUGCAUACAAACAGAAAGUUGCACCCACAAACAUUAGUAGUAAGUAAUAUUUAUUUAUCUUAGUAUUCUAUUUCAUUUUUGAGGUCUGCAUUCUUAGGCUUGCUGUGCACUCACUUGGCAAACUCUGUCUGGCAUGCUAGUUGUAUUAUCCAUAUUGCUGUGUAAGAUGUUGGGCAGUCACAAAAUACAGUAGCCAGUGUGUGGCUGGUAAGCCAAUGGUUCAUAUAACCAUAUUCUGGACUCAAUGAUUUGUACCUGACAUCAGACCAGCAGUUAGUUUCUAGUGAUUUAUCUCAACUAAGGGCAGAGGUAGUCUUUGUUUUAUUUGUCAGCAUUUUCACAAAGUGGCUUAUGAUAUACUUACCAAUCUAGUCCAUCAAAAUACCUGAAACUACUGACAGUGCCAAAGGAGGCAUAAUCUCUCUUUAAGAUAUACUUUCAGAUAUUUAGCACAUUCUGUGCUGACUGCAUUAUACCUGCAUUUUCUCCUCCUCUGGAGAAAUAAACAGAGAUUGUAAAUAUCAGCAUGUAUAUAUGGUGAUGUGAAAUGUAUACAUGCCUGUCCAUAGGUAGUAAGGCAUUUUGUUUUGCUUAGGAUAUAUUUUAUCAGUAAAAAGAAACCUCAGGCAGUUGAUUAUCUCACAGGCCUGUCAUUGCCAUUUAAUAAAAUCAGAAGAAUUUGGCCUUUUUAUGUGUAUGGGUGUGUCUUUAUAUAGAAUGCAGGCUUGCCUUAUAGCUACAGAACCAUUGAGAACCAUAGAUGGCCUGGCAGAUAAAAAAUACAUAAUACUGUGCUCUCAAAAUCCCUUCUCAAUGACAAGUACAAUUCAUUUCAUAGUGAGAACGCAUUUGCCAAAUAUACCACUGCCUUGGCUCUGUCUAUCUUGGGCUCUGUGCCAAGUCCAGGCCACAUCAUUGUUGAUGUUUGUAAUUUAUCCAUUAAGUACUAAGACCCUGAAUGCCUUACCCUCAAGUAGGUGAAUCUGUGACUUAAAAUCUUCUCAUUAAUAUUUUAAAAAUGUAUAUUUAUAGCUGUAGACUGUUUCUAAGCUACAGUGCUUCCUACAGUAUUUCCAAUUUCCUAUUGUAACUUAAGAAUAUAUUUCCCUAUGAAC